AUGGUGCGCACAUUGCACUCUGAAUCAACGUAUACAUACCCAUGGUCCGCCUGUGUGCAGGCCUAUUUUCUACGAUACCCGAAUCCCCAAGCGUCUCAUGUGCUAACGGUCGACGUCAUUGAUCGUCGCAUAGAGGAACGUCCGUCCUCCCACGCGCACGGUAUGCCAUCGCUCGUGCUUUGCACCACACGACUGCUUCUCAAAAAGGGCUCAUUACCUAGCUGGGCACCCAAAAAUAUCAUUGAGCAUUCCACAUCGUGGGUAUUGGAAGAUAGCGAAGUGGACUUGACCCCACGCCAUGACAAUGCGCCUCGUGUCAUGUCAAUUUGGACUCGGAAUUUGGAUCAUACGUCGGUGAUGGCAAUUACAGAAGGUCUCAAGUUUGAAGAGACGUCGACAGCGCCAGCACCGUUGACCCGAUGCGAGGCAGCGGCGGAUGUGCGCUCUGAGAUCUCGUUCAAAUUGCUUCGGGGCCGCAUCGAAAAGUUUGGGCUGAAGCGCUACAUCUCCCAUCUGGACACCUCCCGUGACGGCUUGAUUUGGACGAUUCGACGUCUUUUGCAUUUGCAGAACGCUCUCCCUGAAAUACUGCCAACGCGCCGCCAGCGACUCCUCAACGCCAUGCGGCCGCCGUUCUUGGAUGGAUACCCACUGAGCCCAUGGCAAUGGACGAAAAAGAAAUGGGCCAAACUGCGUGAGCGAUUCCGCUCCGUGAGCGAGCCCACACCGAUGGAGGACCAACGUAUGUAG